AUGGAGAGCAGAGCGAAGCAGUGGCUAGGGACCACGGGCCACCGAAGAGCGAGUGGCUGGGAGCAGCUGCCGCUCAGCUCCUCCAUCUGCAGAUCUAACACUACUUCCAUAGAAAUACACCAUUUCUCUGAGAUUCCUCAAGCCCCCGCAGACAGCAUUUUGUCCCUUGAGCCAUUUCCAGGGAGUGCAGGCCCCUGCAGUCCUGCUCCGCUGUUUGCCUCAUCUCUCCUGUCCCCUCUACCAUCACCCCUGCCCUGGAUCCUGCCUACGCUGAACUGCCCACAACUCCUCAAGCACAUUCUGCACUGUUCCAGUCUUUACCUCUUGACUAGAAUGUUCUUUGCUCUCUCUUCUCUUCUUAACCACCCAUCCAUCCUUGGAGGCCUCACUCAAACAUCUCCUCCUUCCUCUCUGAUCCCUCAGUCAUAA